UGGGGCUCUCAGUUGCUCAGCGGCAGUUGACAGCGUCGGUUCGUGGAUCAGCGAUCGUAGAUCGUGAUUUUUGGCCCGCCGCUCGCCAAGGUUAAUUAGCCAAGAUUCGAGAUUCAAGAUUCGAGAUACGAUAUCCGAGAUUACACCGAGAAAAAGAGAGCGAAGAUCACCAUCGAUCCUCUAGUGAUGUCGUUUUUUCGUAACAUACGCUCCUCCCUGUCCUCGUCGUCGCGGGCCAAGAGUUCCCGCUCCUCAUCCCGCGACACGACUCCGGUUCGAUCCGCAUCCCGUCCAGGCAGCGUGAUCAGCGGAGUGGGUUCCCAACGCCGGGACUCCACAACAAGCUCGACCUUGCAGCGCGGCGAUACCUUCAUACUGCCCAAUUCGGAAGAGGAGGCGGGACCUGCUUCGAACACCUCCACCCUGGAGAAGAAGUCUAAAAAGUCCAAGGUCUUUAGCAAGUUUAGCACUUUUACAAAGCGCAAGAAGACUCCAUCCCCCGAGGAAGUGGCCAGCUAUGAGCACCAUCCCAGUGAUACGGCCACAAAUACCUACUAUAAAUGGCGCAGCGAUGGAGCGGAUCGUCUCCAGGACUACGAUGCUCAGGCGGAUCCCUUCAACUUCCUCUACGAGCAGCACUCCAAUCGGAGGGCUCUGCAAUCGGGUGAACCCAGUAGUAUCCAUCGACAGGCCAGCAUUGGUUCCAAUUCCAGUGGUAGCUUCGAUUCAUCCACCUAUCGUAAGAGCAAAACACCCACCCAUUUGCGGGAGCAGCUGGAGCAGCUGAAGACCCACUCGAACGAUGAUCUGCUGGAGGAUCAGCAGCGGGAGGAGGACGAGCGGGAGAAGUACAAGACAGUCACCCUGAAUAGCUUUAGGAAAUCCUUCAGGGAUCGCCUGCUGCAGCAGCAGAAGGAGACGCCCCACAAUCCCGCCUGGUUUGUGGAAGUUCCCGCUCAACAAUCGUCGACGAAACCCUUGGAACGUCGCGAAUCCAAGGAGAAUCGUCCGGAUUUCUUGGUCUUCGAUAAUGAUAACUACCGACCGCAAUCCCGUUCUCCUCUCCGGGAUCGUCCCUCUCGUUCCGCCACCCGUUCUCCAGUGAAACGCAACGAGACUUUCCGGGUGACACAGCCCACAGUGCGUCACAUGUCACCAUCGCCGGCUCCUACUCCCUCAAUCCGCAUCGAGAUCAAGAACUCCAUAUCGCCACACUCUCCGGGGAGAUUUGUUCCGGUUGGUGUGGCCAAGCCAAUGCCCACCACGGAGUACUAUGCCCAAAGAUUGCUGGCCAAUAGAACCAGCAUGAGUCCCAGUCCAGGUCAAUAUCAGGGCUCUCGAUGGUACCGCCAACAGACCUCACCCACCAGGUUGAGUGUGGGUCAGCAGAAGAACCACCUCAACCAGCAGCAGGAGCAGCACCCGCAGUAUAAUCAUAGCCAGCAGAACCCUCACCAUAAUCAUAGUCAGCAGAACCCCCACCUUAAUCAACAGCAGAAGGGAGGACGAACCCUGGUGCACAUAGGAGCGGAUCAGAGUAAAGCUAUAGCCCCUCCAACUAGGGGAAGGGCCCCCACAAGGGUCCAGCUAUACGGAAAUAAACCGCAGAGUAGACCUCAGCCGGCGACCUACUUCGGGGGCCACUAUAAUGCACCUGUGAAGCCCAUCCCUCGAGCGUCCUCCACCGGAGGUCCCACUGUAUUUCUGGGGCGUCGCGAACAACCAAUGAUGACACGUGCCACCAGCAAUAACAACACCACCGCCCACAUUGCCGCCCCCAUGCCACGUCGCAAUCGAUCGCCGAUCAAAAUGCCCUGGCGGUAGGCGUUAACCGAAUAUAUAUUUAUAAAUAUAUACUGAGAAUGGAGAGUCAAGAAUGAGUGGAUUACAUAUAUAGCGAAUCUUUCCAAAGUGACAAAGUCACUGAUAUUGCGUCAUUAUCAGAGCUGGGAGCUCAGCUUUGCAAACGCUGUUUUCGCCCAUCCGAUAAUGGGCAAAUAAAUGAUUUAUGUAUCCAUCAGUCCGAACAAUCCGUAUCGUGUGUUGUGAAUUUUUUCUACGUAAAAUUAUUGUUAAGUAAAUAAAAAAACAAACAAAAAUAAACGACAAACAGAUAA